ACUCGGACACAAUGCAAAGGUCUGGAUUCUCAUCAAUCGCCAGGUAGAUGUUUCGCUGAUGCUUACACAUAAUGGAUGCAGUAGUGGAACAUAGUCUCAAGCCAUACAAGGCAGAAGCUACGAGGUGGUCGGUCGAUGAUGUAGGGUUCAUUUGUACCUAGGCAUCUCCUGUCAUCUUACUGGCCCGAGGCUAAGACGCGGGGUUGUUAUCUUACACUUAAUUAUUUCAUAAUCACCAUUCGGGAAUAAUAAUCUUUCCCUCGAGGAUUAGAAUUACCAUCAUUGCUGAUAUAGCAGAGCGUCGUGCUUUGUUCAAAAGUGUAUAAAGGGACAAGAAGAACGACCGGUCUUUGAUUGAAUCAAUCAUUUACCAACAUCUCUUCUAGAUUUGUGUAUCUGGAAACGAUAUCUCUUUUCCAGAGACGAAUUUACUCUACUCCAAGAACAUAUCCGCAUACGUGAGAGAUUCAAUGUCUGCGUCGGCUGAUAAAACGAAACCGUAUAUCCCGGUAUCUGGGACUGGUGGAGAUGGCUGGUCAACCGACACUCAUGCAACUGCUACCUGUUUCUGCGGCGCUGUUCAAUUAUCAUUCCCUACGGAAGGUCCUGGCCUUGUGAGCACUUUCGUCUGCAACUGCACCGACUGUCGUAAAAUCACCGCCUCAAUGUUCGCCUCCAACUUCACCGUCGACGACAACUACCUAACGCACGUGCGGGGCCGCGACAAUCUUAGCACUUUCUCGCAGAAUAAAUCCAUCGCCAGUGGAAAGCUGAUGACCAAUUAUUUCUGCAAGACAUGUGGGACGCUGAUGUACCGCGUUGGUGAGCUAUGGCCGGGGAAGAGCAUCUUAAGGAUCGGAACAGUAGACGAUUUUACGUUACACGAGACGAAAUUAAAGCCAAGGGUCGAGUUGUUUACCAAGGAUCGGGUGCAGUGGUUCUCGGGAGUUGAAGGUGCGAAGAAAUUUGAUUCGAUGUUGUAACAAUCUGCUCUGUAUAGCUGUAGUAAAUUCUAAGUUCGUUGCAUGUCUCUGCUUGCUC